AUGCAUCCUCCUUCCCCGCACCGCGCUAUUCACCACGUCGGUCACGCCGGAGACGUCUCCGAGAGCGACGUCAAGCGGCGAAGCCACGCAUGCCGCGCGCGGGCGCAGAAGGCGUACACGGAGCUGCUCCCUGCGAUCGACGCGCCGCCGCUGACGGUGCUGUUAGCGAGCGACGGCGGGCGGGUCAAGAAAGUAGCAAAGCGCGGCGGCGGCGGUGGACGCGGUCACGAUCGCGGACGUCGCAAAGGAGGGCGAGUUCGCGCAGAACGGGCGUGCGCUUGUAAAGGCGGUCGCCGCGGGCGCAGCGCGCAGCUGCUGGAGGGCGUCAAGCGCAGCGGCGUCGCGCCCGUGAUCCGCGUGCGCACGCCGGACGGCGCACACAGCGUCAUCAAGGGCCACCUCAAGUCUCCCAUUCACGACAUCGACAGCGCGCUCCUGGAGACCCUUGCUGCUUGCGGAGACGUGAAACACUGCACCGUCCAUCGCACGCCGCCCGCGCGUAUCGGCCAGAGCGCUCGCCCGCACUUCUUGUCCGUCGCGACAGCAUCCUCCGCCAUCCUACCGCAGCCUCAUCGCAGCCCGACAACUCCAGGACCUGCAGCCCGCACGCGCGCCCCCACUCCGUCCAUCCCGCCCGCGCCCGCGCCUGCAUCCACCAACUGUCAACUCCACACGCUGGCCCUCCAACGUCGGCCCACGUACCUGCAGCAUAUGAAGCGACAAACUCACGGCCAGGAGAUGACGACCCUCCACCCAUCUCCGGCCCUCUUUAUAUCCUUCCCGCUACCCCCCUUCCCGCAUUGCGAACCCACGCACGGACGCUCCCUUCCCCGCGUCACGGCGCCCAGCCCCGCCGCGUACCUCACGCAGCCGCUCGCCUAUCCUCCCGCAACACCCGCACCCGAGCUACGCGCAUCUCCGCCGGGGCGCUCGCCUGGGCUUCGCGCGCGUCGCCGCGACGCCUUCCACCACAGGACCGGACCAGACGUGCAUCCCUGCACGGAAAAUACGCCAAUGGCAGGACGCGCGCGCACGCCCAUGUCCGCGUCCGCGUCCUGUCCUGCAUUUCAUAUGCGCGGACGGUCGUCCGCCUGGCAGCCCACCCGCGGGGCAGCGCGCGAGCCGGCGUCGCUCCCGGGAAGUCUUGCAUGCGCAGAGCGAGACUCAUACGCACUGUGCAUGUCGCACCGUCUGCCCUGCGGGGGACGAGCUGACGAGCCCGCGCUCACCCUCUAUGACCGCGGUCGGCCUCUGCCAAGAGGGCCUGCUAGGCUGCGAAUACGCGCGCGUGCAAGCGAGACAGCGCAUAGCUAUCGCUAUCGGGACGGCGGGAGUCGAGACGCUGAUGGGCAGCGCCAUCUCGUGCGCCGCGACGGCGUAUUCAAGCGCAGAGAAUUCGCGGACGGCAAAACGCGUGCACUUUGCACGCGCGACGCGGACAGUACCCCCUGGCAACCCACUCGCGAGGCCGGGGCCGCUCCCGGGAGAAAAUAUUUGAUGCCCGGCGCGACGUUUGCAAGGUGCAAGCUUGCAAGCUCGCCCUUGUCCUCUACAAUACCGGCACGCCGCCUCCACCAAGAGGACACACAGGAUAUCCUGUGUGACCGCGAAUCCCGCAAGCGUGCGAGCAAGACGGCGCAACGGCUAUCAGCAGCGCGAGUUGGGUGGAGACGCGGUCGCGAAGCGAUAUCACACCUGGGGCGCGCCGGGGUCACCUUUGGCGGCGGUGCCAAGGCGGCCGGCGUGUUGCAUGCGGUUGGCACGGGAACACCUUCUGACAUGGUCCGACGGUGUUCAGUGUCGCUGGAGAGUCGGACAGAGACUCGCACAUGGUGCGGGAACAUCGGACUGGACGGCGCAGCAAGAAAUCUAACAUUUGAAGCAAUCGAAGCAGAUUCAUGUAGCAUGACAGAUGAUGACGGCGCACGACACACAGACGAGCAGCAGCAGAACUACUACAUCAGCAUCAUACACGCGUGCGGAAACUCGCGCCGAUUCUUCAGGCCGGUACAAUCAGCCAUAGGCAGAAACGGCGAGGGUUUUUACAGAUUUCGGGUCAAUGGCUCGCCUGCGCCUGCACGCCCGGACACCCACAAUGUACGCCGACUAAACCUCGCCGUUGCGCAAUACUCAUGCCCGCUCGCUCCCGGUCCUCAACACGCGCUCCGCCUGCCACUUCCCGAUGCCGUCGCCUCGAGCGCCGUCAAGGGGACCCAGGGAACACGCUAUGCUAGCUCCCGUCGACGACGUCCGCGCCAUCUCCCUCCCCGUCGCGUCUCGCUCGACGGCCUCGCGCAAUGUCACCGUAUGGUGCGCCACCCCUCGUUCCUUGUCUCUGCCUCCACCGUCUGCCGCCGAACAGCCUGGCACUGCGCGCUCUUCUUCCCUUCUUCAGCGCACCCGUCUGAUAUGCCGCCGCUACCGUUCUCUCGACGCGCGCACGUCAGUCUCCUGCACCGCCACCACCGCCGUCGUCUCAGCUACACCACAGCCAACAUGCGGCGUACCUGGCAACACGGAUCCGACCUGCACGGUUGCCCGGCGCGCGGUCUGCGAUGCCCACCCUGGAGUGAGCUGGAAGCGGGACGGCCGGUCGACGGGACGUUACAGAGAAGCGAGUCAGAACUGCGCAGCGUCGUGCUACCCGGCAAAGACUCCCGCGGCGAUCCUGAAGAUGACAUCGUCAGUGCCUCAUGCGUCGACGGUCAAGAGGCGGCGCACGGCGUACGUGGGACAGCCGGUCAACGUGACUUGUCGCGAGCGCGAGCGGAGGAACAGUCGCGGGUCAUCACACGAGCACGACCUGAUGCGCGCAAGAUCCCGCACCCGCUGUGGCGUGAGACGGCAUCCAUUCCACCCAUACGCCGGGCAGGCCGCACACAGACAUCCCGCGCCGUGCCUGCACCUUGGCAUCACGGGCGGAUCAGCGCUGGACAGGGCGGCGCAUCAACGGCCGGGGGCACACUCAUCCACUGCUUGAGACGGAUGGCACAGGCUGCGGGCAGCUUGGUCGUCGCGUUCUGCGGUACGUGCAAUGUGCAUACGAACGCCGGUCGCCGGCAAUUCAACGUGCGGGCGCGGUCUGGCGACGUCUUCCUCCGCGCCCGGCUCUCCCGCGUCACCGGACGCCCAUCGUCUCGGCUACAUGAGAAACGCUACGCAAUUCAUGUCACUGAAAAGGGUGCUCGCGCGGCAUCGUCGUGUACCCGCGAGCACCGCAUCCGGUUGCGAACGCGCUGGCCGCGGCCACAACGCGGCCACAAAUCGGAAUGA